CUGCGGAGAUUACCACAGAUUAUAAAGCUGAUGAGUUAUGGGAAGAUGGUCGAUUAAUAGCGACAACAAAAGUAAACGAAUCAAUAUUGAUGAAUUGUGGCACAGUGGAGGAUGGACGAUUGUUCAUUUUGGAGGAGAAACCGUUUCUAUUUGUGUGAAACUCUCUUGACUUGACAAAGUGAAAUCAGGAGAAUUGUAAAUGUGCAAGUGAUAAAGAUCGAUGUGCAAAUGAUAAAAUAAG